AUAAAGUAUAUAAAUAUCAGAUGUUAGUGUAUGAUGAUAAUAUUAAUUUCAUGUUUUUGUAACUUUAAGUCUUUACAGGCACGUAUUUUAGGCUAGCAUCAGCUGCAUUGUGGUUUAAAAAUACAAAACAAUGAACAGACAUAUGUAUAGCUUUGUAUUUACGAUUAUUACUUUAAGACAGUCUUUUCUGCAAUGUUGUAUUUAAAUCAAGUCCGAUGUGGCUAAAAUUAAGAGGGUUGUGCGACGUUCGAAAGUCUCUAUAGACAAAAUACAGUACACGAUGCAAAAUAGUUGUUGAAUACCAAAAUAUGUGCAGGAGUGAUGCUUUAAAUGUAUUGUAAAUGGCUAGGCUACCGCAUGAAUUAGAAUAGAAAUAAUAUAAAAUUAGCUGAAGGAAUAUUCAAAACAAUACGGAAUCAGUAUACAGUUGCGGAGUUGCGGCAGCUGGAUGUAUUUAUGUUUUCAGAAGUAAAGACUGCUAUAUUGCACUGGGCAGUACCAGAUACCAAAGUAUUUGCAUGUUACACUGACAAUUCUUAUUUCAAACUAAAGAAACAUUUUUUCGCAAAUUACACAUAAAAAAUGUAUUAGUAUACGUUUGCACUUUAAAUGUAUCUCCAUUCGACGGAGAAUUUUCUACUUUCCAAUGUUCCCUUAGCUGUGAACCACUCAAAAGAAAGGGAGAGUCAGUUCCUGCUGGAGUUCUGCCUGGCAACAGACGUUUUCUCCAUUGGUUUAAGUUAAUUUACCCACAUUUGGUUUCCUCCCAUUUUAGGCAGGAAACUUCCGCUCAAGUUUCUGCCAACUUUCCUGGCGGUUUAGAUUAUCCUCUAUUGCCCCACGUAGAAGGACGGCAGCUCUACACCUCACAUGGCGAGUAGCGCACGAGCCAUAUCAGUCAUGCAGGCCCUCAUAAAACUAUUUUAACUGAAAAAGCUCAACGUCAUUGCACAGAGAGCUAAAGGGGAAUUUCGUUAGCAGAGUGAAAUUCUGGGACCUCCAGAGGAGUUCAACGGCAACAGCAGCGAGGAGCAUUCGCGGAACUUCUUGCUCAGCUCUCCUUCCGACUUCACCGAAAGCUCGAGCAAGCCUAAAAAGAGAUGGAACACCAGCUACUGUGCCGCGAGACUGAGCCGAUCAGGAGAGCUUAUCAAGAUGCCAACCUGCUAAAUAGUAGGGUGCUACAGACAUUGCUAAAAGCGGAAGACAAUUACCUUCCCUCUCCGAACUACUUCAAGUGUGUGCAGAACGAAAUUGUGCCUUACAUGAGGAAAAUAGUUGCCACAUGGAUGUUAGAGGUCUGUGAAGAGCAGAAAUGCGAAGAGGAAGUAUUUCCUUUGGCUAUGAAUUAUUUGGACAGAUUUUUGUCAGUGGAACCGACAAAGAAAGGAAGAUUACAGUUACUGGGAGCUACUUGCAUGUUUCUGGCUUCUAAAAUGAAGGAAACGAUCCCGCUGACAGCUGAGAAGUUGUGCAUAUACACCGACAACUCAAUCCGACCAACUGAAUUACUGCAAAUGGAGUUAUUGGCUCUGAAUAAACUCAAAUGGGAUUUAGCCUCCGUAACUCCUCACGAUUUUAUUGAACAUUUCCUUUCCAAACUGCCAAUCCAUCAGGACACCAAGCAAAUUCUGCGCAAGCACGCCCAGACAUUCGUGGCUCUCUGUGCGACAGACCUUAAGUUCAUGGCCAACCCGCCCUCUAUGAUCGCAGCUAGCAGUAUGGCCGCCGCGGCGCAGGGCUUGCACCUGCAGCACGGCAACAACACGCUGCUCUCCCAGAACCUCACCAGCUUCCUGUCACAAGUCAUCAAGAGUGACCCGGACUGCCUCAGGGCGUGCCAGGAGCAGAUAGAGUCUCUGUUGGAGGCCAGCUUACGGCAGGCGCAACAGCAUCACGCCGUCUCCUUGGAAACCAAGACAGUGGAGGCGGAGGUGGAGGGGGACCUGUCCUGUACCCCCACAGACGUGCGGGACGUGAACAUUUGAGUGGACGGCCCGGCUAGGAGCGCACCCCCGCCUCCCGCCACUGCUAUGGAGAGGGCUGUAUCCGAGAGGAUGCAUGGAGCCUGGCUGGACCGCGGGAUCGGCCUGCUCUCAGCCUCUGGAGCCCUGACCUGCAGAGCCAUACCCCGCCCUGCUGCCACACCCAGAGCCACGCCCUGCCCUGCUGCCACGCCCAGUGCCAUGCCCUGCUGCCACAACCGGAGCCACGCCCCGUCCUGCUGCCACGCCCAGUGAAUCAAUGCUUAACUUCUUUUGCUAUCACCUCUCACUCUGUUUUCCCCAUGCAAAAACACAAAACAGAAACAAAAAUGAAAAACCAAAGUGAACACUUCACUAAACAAAAAAAAAUGUUAAUGAAAAACAGGGAGAGAGAGAGAGGUGAGCAAUCCUGCAGUUUACAAUGACAUACCACAAAAAUGGAGAUCUGUUCCAGUCACCCACUGCUGCCAACUUAUUUGUGCCUGAAAAAGCUUUUUUUUUUUAAAAAGAAAAUAGGUGUAACAAGUGUAUGACGCCAUUUUUGAAAAAAAAACAUUCUUAAAGCAGAAGAGUCCUUUUUCUUAUUUGUUCUUUUUCUACAUUUUUUUUAACCACUUUAUUUUGUUUUGCUGUCUAGGCUUCUUAUGUCUUUAGCCAGUUUAUUACAUUGUCUUUAACACUUUUUUUCUUAUUUAGUCUUUAAUGGCCGGCCUCUUUUUUUUGGGAACAGAUUAUUAAUCCUAAAGAUCAUUUUUUGUCUGGCUUAGGGUAUCCCAUGUUUUUCCUUCCUUUAAAGGCUGUGGGUUGUUGGAUUUCUUAAGCUUUUGACAUAAAGGUGUAAUCAUUAACAAUGCCUGUAUAAGAACAGCUAACCACUCAUCCAGACAUAGCUUACAUACGUGGGUUAGAAGUGCUAUCACAUUCUUUUAAUCAUAAAUGUACAUAAAUGCAGCUAGCUAUAAAAACUUAUGAUAGUCAAUAUACUGAGCCUGUGUAAAAAAUCUCUUGUGCAAUCUACAUUCUAGUUUUUUUGUCUUAUUUUCUGAAUCAAUUCCAUUUGAAAGCACUUUCAGCCAGUUGAGUCUUUCUGACUCUUUGAAAAGCACGUCGGGCAUGUGCAGAUGGGAUGGCGUGGGCGGGGAAUGAGGCACAGUGUAUGCACAGUGUAUAACUACAGUGUAAGCACAGUGUAUGCACAGUGUAUAAAUACAGUGUAAGCACAGUGUAUAACUAGUGUAUGCACAUUGUAAGCACAGUGUAUAAAUACAGUGUAUGCACAGCGUAAGCACAGUGUAUAACUAGUGUAAGCACAGUGUAUGCACAGUGUAUAACUACAGUGUAAGCACAGUGUAUGCACAGUGUAUAACUAAUGUAUCCACAGUUAAUACGACAGUAGGUCACAAUUGUAUUUCUUAUUGCUUUAACUGUAUCAGGAGCAUUUGAAACACUAAAGUAUGUAAUUCAUAGUUCCGUUAAGUACUAUUUAUUGCAAUCUCCUCUUGAGGCCAACAACUAUGACCGAAUACUUAGUCAUUCUUUUAUUCAUUGAAAUGCUGCCGAGUGCAUUUGUGAUAGUGCUUUUCUAAAUGCAAAAAUAAUUUCAUUUCAGCUAUCAGACUCUACUGAGGACGGUCAUGCACAAGAAGUGCCAGAGUUAAAUUACACAGAUUUGGUGUUUUUGAGGGGGAAGAAAUGGGGGGGAGGCUAUUUCUGGACAUGGUUCCUGACCCCUCAAACGUUAGUGGAUAAUUUUAGUGGAUACCUUUUUGCACAAAUUCGAAGAUGUAUUUUUGCGUGCUUGUUGAGAGAAGUGGAGGACGAAGUCGGAGGGGAAAGGAAUUGAAGUUUGGUUAGGGAGGCAGAGAGAGGGCUUGAAGCAAGUGAAAAGGUGUUAUUCGUGUGGACGGGAUUGCAAAAGUAGAAAUCAGUGUGAACUGGAGGAACACUCCUCUUACCAGGCUGCUAUUGAGGAAUGCCCAGCAAAGUAUGAUGACUUUUCAACUUUUAAAGAAAAGCAGAAAAAAGAAAAAAAGGCUUUUUUUCCUCUUAUCCGAGUGUUUUGCUGCUAUUUUUGUCUAUUUUGUUUAUUACAAUGUCAAUAUACUGCCAUGUAAUAGAUUGAAAUUUUCUCAUAGAAAAUUGAUAUUAUUGACAUCUGUUAUUUUUGUAGUUUUUUUAUGUGAUCAGUUUACUUGAUGUGAUUUAUGCGCUAUUCCAAAAAAAGGAAUAUAGAAAAAUAGACAAAGGUUCCUGUUUUUUUUUUGUUACCUCAUGCAACAGUCAAGAUUUAUUAUUAAUUUAGUCUGGGUUGCUAUAUUUGUUUCUAUUUUAUUUUAUUUUGUUUAUCUAUUCAGAGCCUGAUGGGUCUGUUUUUUUUAAACUGCAAAUAGAAAUGCAUUUAUCAUUGUCUGAAUGGGUCCUACAGGGAAAGCACAGCGUUGAUUGAAACUGGUGCCAUAACAAACCUGAAUUAAUAACUCUUUGAGUUUUAAGCUGUUUCAUUGAAAGAGACUGUAUCCCCAUAUUAGGCCAUUUGAAGGCCGUUUAUAUUUAUAAGGCUUUUUGUACAAAUUAAAAGCGGAUGUGAUGGGAUUUGUAAAUGCCAUGUCUACUAAAUAAAGCCAUAGCAUUUUUCCUGCU